AUGCGUCAAUCAUCCUAGAAAAACACCUUUUUAAAAACUAUCCCUUUUACUUCUAUUUUUAUGGAGGCUUUAAAGUAAUCCUCAAUGUGGGUAUCAUCGAAUGCCAUUGAUGGGAAUAGUCAAUUUUAAGGCAGGUUACUUUUAAAAGUUGAUAUUCAAUGGGAAUCGGUGUAGCUGAAUCUACAUCCUGAAAAACUAUAUAGGAAAGGUGUAGGAUCUGAAGAUUAUACCUCCUAUUGUUAAUUACAAGCAUGUUUUCUCAAAAAGUUUACUCAUUUUGAUCCCACAAUGCCGAAUUAUAGAUACGGAAUUAGACUGUAAUUUGGAUAAUAACUAACUCAUUUAUUAUGCGAAAAUGCAGAUAUCUUCAAAAAAUGGUUUCAGUUUUUAAGAAGAUUCUGCAUAAUGGAUAAAUUCGCUAGGAAAUAUAAAGUCUUAGGUAAAAUAAAGUACAGUGAUCCAGUAUUUGGACAAUGCCUAUUCUCUUGUGUCAGAGUGCAAGAUGCAGAGUAUCAUGUUGUGAAGGUAAUCGAGAAGGAUGCAAUUACAGCAGCAUAAAAGCAAAAUUUAUAUAGGGAAUUAAGCAACUUAAGAAAAUUGAGUCAUACAUAAAUAUGUUAUAUAGUUGAAGUGUUUGAAGAUGAAUAGAAUGUGUAUGUGUUGUAUGAGUACUACUUGGGUAUUGAUUUGAGAUCAUACAUCAAGGAAUCCCAAAUAUAUCAGAUGGCAGAGUAGUCUACAUAAGGAUUGGAGGAAAAACUGGUUGCUGAUAUUAUCUAUGGGAUUUUGUAAGCCAUUCAACAUAUGCAUUAAAAAGGAGUUUUUCAUCGGGAUAUAAAAAUGGAAAACUUGUUCAUCCCUGAGAAGAAACGUUUGCCAUUUGUUGUCUUAGGCAACUUUUGUUAUUCUGAAACAACCGAUCAACCUUAAUAUAAGAAGUGUGGUACUCCUGGGUUUGUUGCACCUGAGAUAUUUAGAUCCAAAAAUUACACUAGCAAAGUGGAUUUAUUUUCAUUGGGUGUCAUCUUUUAUCUUCUAAUUUAUGGAAAAUUACCAUUUGAAGGCAAAGAUUAAGAAGAAAUACUGAGAUCAAAUGAGAAAUGUGAUAUAGAUUUAAAAAUAGAAAAAAAAAUAUGCAAGAAAAUUUCAAAUUCUGGCAUGGAUUUGUUAAAGGGAUUAUUGAAUAAAGAACCAAUUAAAAGACUGUCAGCUGCUUAGGCACUCAAUCAUCAUUGGUUCAUCAAAAUGGGAACUAGACAUUAAAGAAACCAAUAUCUUUAGGUAUAAAGAGGGAAGUCUUUGUCUACUAUUAUUGAAAAUUCAGUAGAUAUUACUUAAAGUUAUUAUUAAUCAAAUUCUUAAUUGCACUAAUCUACAAAAGAAGAGGACAGAUUAGACAGAGUAGAAAAGGAGUUUAUUUAAGAUAGUCUAUAUGAUAAAUUGCUCCAUUUUAAUAGUGUUUAGUAUUAGCCUUCUAAAAUUCGUCACAAUUAGUAAUAAUCGUGA